AUGGAUUUCGCGCAGUUCCAGCAGGCACCCGUCAGCGUGCCGACCGAGCACCAUUCGCACGGCAACCGGUGGGACCCAUACGUAGACAACGGCGGCACGUCGCUGGCAAUCGCCGGCGAGGAUUUCGUCGUCGUCGCCUCGGACACCCGCCAGAGCAACGGCUACAGCAUCAACUCGCGGUACUCGCCCAAGGCCUUCGAGCUGUCCAACGGCAGCGUCCUGGCCACCACCGGCUACCACGCCGACGCACUGAAGCUGGUCGAGCACAUUGAACAGCGUGCGCAGCUCUAUUUCCACAAGCACGACCGCGCCAUGAACGUGUCGGCGAUGGCGCAGAUGCUGUCGGGCAUUCUGUACUCGAAGCGCUUCUUCCCAUACUAUGUGUUCCCGAUCCUGUCGGGCCUGGACGCGAAGGGCAAGGGCGCGGUGUACACGUACGACCCGGUCGGCAACAUGGAGAGAGUCAACUACCAGGCCUAUGGCUCGGCGUCGGCGCUUGUGCAGCCGUUCUUGGACUCUCAGGUUGGCUUCAAGAACCAGCGCAAUGCCGAUCCCUCGCGGCUUCUGGAGAGGCCCCAGGCCGUCAAGCUUGCCAUUGACGCCUUCACCGGCGCAACCGAGCGUGACAUCCACACCGGCGACUGGCUCGACCUGUUCAUUAUUGACCAGGACGGCAUCCACCAGACAAAGAGAGAGCUCAAGCACGACUAG